AGGUCACCGAGCCGGGCGAAGGCGUUGAAAAAGCGACGCGCCGAGACGUCGUUAUAUAGGACCGGCACGCUUUCCCCGCUUGGCCAACUUCCUCCUCGCCCCUGUGCGCCGGCCGGACUACCUCUGGCCAGUGGCCACCACUGCACCGUAGCCGCAGCAGCAGCGGUACAGAGCGAAGCGGAGGAGUAGGAGCCUCUAGCCUCUAGGCGAGAGCGCGCGCGGGGGCAGGAGGGAAAAGAAGAGGAAGAGAGCGGGAGGGGAAGAUGGCGGCCGUGGUGGCGGCGGUGGAGGCGGGCGUGGUGGCGGUGGCCAGCGGCCGGGGCUGCAGCACCCGCCUGAUGCGGGGCCUCUACUGGCGCCUGCGCGCGGUGCUGCGGCGCCUGCGCUCCGAGCGGGCCAGGCGCGGCCGGAGGUUCAGCUUCCACUACGACGCGCUCAGCUACGCGCUCAACUUCGACGACGGCCGCGCCGCCGACCUCGUCGUCCUCGCCCCCAGCGACGCGCUCCGGUGAUCGAUCUCGCCGGGAACCGAUGAUGGGCUUCUUGCUGCGGCGGCUCUCUCCUGCGGUUUUGCUUCUUGCUAGAGGAUUGUGUGGUGGAAGAUGAUGGUCUAGUAGGGGAUGGUGUGGCCUCGCGUUCUGCGAUUCUUGAUGUCUACUAACUGUUGGGAGAUGCUGCGGCCUUCGGUGGUUGGGUUGGGAAAGCAAAUCCUCCAUUGCCUCCGCGAUGCGGAGCGUUCUUCCUAGUACCUCCAAAUUCUAACACCAUCAUUUGCAGGGUGCUUCUUUGCUCGAUUUCUUGCUUGUGCAAUCUCAUUUUUUUUUGUUCUUGCGGUUCAUGCUGCAAUUGUUAAGAUGAUGGCGCUAUGCAGAAAGGUUUCUUAUUUCAGCUGAGCAACCAGCAAUCGCGUUGAAGCAAGGUGUGUCUGUAGUCCCUGAAUUGAACUGUUAUCAGUGGAAGGUAGGAAAACAUUUGCUUGGUGAUC